AUGAGUCAUUUCCCGGAAAACGAUGAGAGUGAUUGUUGUAAUCGCCCAAAAGAAAGAAGACGAUCAUUUUUGGAUAUAGGUGGAGCCAAUUCGAUCAAUAAGUUUGCGUCGUCAUAUACUAGGGCCCAAUCUUAUUUAGGGCUGAGUUUAGUUGAAACUUCAUUAGGCCAGGAAGUAGAAGGAGAUUUAAGUCCCUGUACAUCACUCUAUGACGCGGCUACAGAAAGCGCAAUUGACGAUGAUCACAGAGAUGAUCAAGAAGGCCUUGACCAAAUAAAUACGUUUAGUUUCGAACAUGAUGAAAAUACGUCUUUACUAUCUAGGCGAGCAAGCAAGGCUGAUUCAGAGCGUUUAAUUACUGGUGAUUCUACGGCUCCACAAACCAUUUUUAAUUGCAUAAAUACCUUGAUGGGAAUUGGUAUGUUAUCUUUACCUUUUGGCUUUCGUUUGUCGGGGUGGGUUAUUGGUACUUCGAUGCUAUUAUUCAGUUCGCUAGUUACCAACAUCAGUGCAAAAAUGAUGGGAAGGAUACUAAGGAAGUAUCCACAUCUUAUGAGUUAUGGAGAUAUAGCUCACCUAUAUGGCGGUCAGGGUAUCAACAUUAUUGUCACACUUGUAUUUACCUUUGAUCUCCUUGGCGCCAUGAUUUCGUUAAUAAUAUUAUUUAGCGAUUCAUUUUAUAUUUUAUUUCCGUCAUUACAGAAAGGCUUAUUGAAGGGCAUUAUUGUCACUGUGCUUUUCUUGCUUUCAUUUUUACCAUUAUCAGUUUUAUCCUUGGUCAGCUUGUUGGGAAUCAUUUGCACUACACUUCUUAUAGUGGUUAUAAUAAUUUGUGGACUUUUAACCACAUCGUCCCCUGGAUCGUUAAUCACCCCCGCAUUUACAAACAUAUGGCCAUCUGAGUAUAAAUACUUAUUACUAAGUCUUGGAUUAUUUAUGGCACCUUGGGGUGGACAUCCUGUAUUUCCUGAGUUGUAUAGGGAUAUGAGACAUCCAUCAAAAUUUUCAAAGUGUUGUAAUAUAGCCUUCGGUAUUACAUUCAACUUAGACUAUUUAAUUGCGGUAAUUGGCUUUUUGAUGUUCGGAACAGAUUGUCAGGAUUCUCUUACUAAAAACUUGAUGACAAAUAAAAACUAUCCUGAGUGGGUCCGGCCGUUGAUUUGUUUGUUCAUGGGUUUAUUGCCAGUGUCUAAGUUACCGUUGAUAACCAGACCGAUUAUUACUGUCUAUGAAAGUUUUUUCAAACUUAAUCAAACUAAUUAUACAGUUGUCAAAAAUGGAAUAAGACAGGAAGUCUAUGGAAUCAAAAGGGUUUUAUCUAGGGCUAUUUUCUGUGUUUUAUUGUUCCUGAUAUCUUUAAUUUUCAACUCCUUUGGAAAGGUUAUCUCCUUUUUAGGUAGUGCAAUUUGUUUUACUAUCUGUAUGACUUUACCUUUCAUUUUCUAUUUGAAAUUCUAUGAAAACGACAUCUCUAUCAUAGAGAGGGUAUUAAUUAAGGCUGGAAUAAUUUUUGGAGUUAUAUUCUCAUUAAUUGGAACCUAUGGAUCAAUUGUAAUUGAUAUUUAA